AUGGCCAUAAGCUCAAAACACAAGAAGUUCCACCUCAAGACAAUGCUGGAGCUGAGCUGGUGCCUGAGUGAUGAAGAAAAGAAGAUCAUCGUGGAUGAGCAUAAUAAAUAUCGCUCCCAGGUCUCUCCUCCUGCCCAGGCUAUGAUGAAGAUGACCUGGGACCCCGACCUGGAGGUUGAUGCUCAAAAGUAUGCAGAGAAAUGCAUCAGGGCCCAGAAUGGGGGCCCAGGCAGGUUAAACUUCUUUGCUACACCUUCAGCCCUGGAUGUAAAAUUGGCCAUUGAAGAAUGGAACACGGAGAGGAAAUUCUUCAACCUGAAAACAUCCGAGUGUGUCCCUGUGCAUUCGUGUGACAACUACGUCCAGAUGAUCUGGGCAGCAACAACUCGUGUUGGCUGUGGGAGCCAUUAUUGUGCGAAGAUCAAGGGAAUGGAAGCAGAGAACAUGCACCUGCUUGUCUGCAACUAUUAUCCCCCAUGUCUGCAGGACAAGGUGCUGAACCCCCGGGUGUCUGCGGGACACGGUGCUGAACCCCCCGGGUGUCUGCGGGACACGGUGCUGAACCCCCGGGUGUCUGCGGGACACGGUGUGAAACCCCCCAGAUGUCUGCAGGACAAGGUGCUGAACCCCCGGGUGUCUGCGGGACACGGUGCGGAACCCCCCCCCCCCGGUGUCUGCGGGACACGGUGCUGA